AGAGCAUCGGUCGCGCCACUGAAGGUGUCAGAACGACAGCGUCAGCCGAGUGAGUAACAUCGAGGCCAUCCGCCCAGCCGCUACAACUACGCAACACGCUGUUGGAGGUGUUGUUCUCUGCCCAAGUUCCCGGCACGCUUACACUGCACUCUCGCAAAGCAGCGCGAGCAUCUCUCUCGCGAUCUCACGCACAGUUUUCCCUUACCGCGGUGAGCAAGCGAUUGUUUUCCGCGAGAUCGCGAAACGCACGCACGCAAAAAAAAAAACACAAAACCCGACGAUCGCGAAACGAGUGCCGAUCGUGGAACGUGAGCCGACCGCCCCACCGCCUGCCCCGUUUUGAGUGACUGCUGAGUGGUUGCGAUCGCUGCUCCGGUGGUAUACAGUGGAACGUGCGCCGUGCCAGCAGCUCAUUCGCUACUGUGAGUUCGAACCGAUCGGACGCGCGCCAACCUUUCCAACCUUCCGAGCGGUCGAGCUUUGGUGACUCUUUCUCUAACCACCUUCUUUCGGUCGGCCCUGCCGCGUGCUGUUGCGUGUUGUGCCCUUCCGGUCCUGCUACGCCCUUUCGACUUCUUUCUUUACGUCUGUGGCAUCGACAUGGAGAUCCUCGACCCGACCGGAUACUACUGAGCACAACUGUUCCGCAUCUCAUCUCGUCGUGAAGGAAAAGCCAUAACUCUCGUGCGUGUACCCUCGCGUGUGUUUGUGUGAACCGAUCAAGCAACCGAUUAUAGUGCCAAAUCGGAACUGUUAAAUCCGUUGGACUUUGCACGUGUGUUUUUGCCAGUGUGUUGCGUUUUGGAAAAGUUUUAUCUACACCAGUCAAAAUGGCCAAGAAGCUGGACCCCACUGGUCAUUACUAGAAGGAGAAGUAGGCGAGUGAACAUCGUCUGAAAACGCAGCUGCGCUCCAGUAAGAAGAGAGUUCGUGUCCGACAGUAUUAAAGAGUUGAAGAACCGUACGCAAACCUGCUUCAAGAUGGCACGCAAACUGGACCCCACUGGCCACUACUAAGGCGCUGGAGCACAAGCCAUAAUCGAUCGCCCAUUUCCUUGCUUUGCACAACACGAUGGCACCGGAAAUCUUGGACCCUACCGGCUACUACUAGAGACGAAGAAGAAGGAGGAAAGCUCUGAUUCCACGCACCAACGCAUCGAAACGCAUCGAGUUGUCCAAGCGACGAACCCUGCCCAGCAGCACCAGCAGUAGCAAAGCGAAAAGCAAACCCCAGCCAUCCGCCAAGAUGAACCGCAAACUCGAUCCCACCGGAAUGUACAGGCGACCCGGCAGUGGCGCCAGCAGCUCCCAGCGCUCCCCGUUCCACCACCACCAUCAACAGCUGCAGAACCACCAGCGAAUGCCGCACCAUCAUCAGCAGCAGCAGCAGCAUCAAGUAAAGUGCCAUUACCUCGACCCGACCGGGCUAUACUAGCAGCGCACCUCGCGUCCUUGCAGCCCUGUAGAGACCGGGUGAACGAGACACCAGCGAGAGUCCUUCAGCCCCCUGAGGGAGUCCCCGGGAGAGGAAAGCAUCCUGCAACCAAGCCCCAGGACAGUGCGAGCGUGUGUGUGCGUGUGUGUGUAUGUGCUACGGUUUUGUUUGUGUGAAAUGAUGAUCGCUGUGAAUGUGUGGCUCGUGCUGGGAGUGCCUCUCUCUCGCUUUCUCUCUCUUCCCCCGGCUUAGGGAUGUACGUGAAUCUCUCGCCUGCAAACAGCAGCACAAUGUGAUACUUUUACUGACGUAUUAGCGGAAACCGACUGGCCCACCACGACCCUUACAACUUCAAACUCCGUCAACAGGGAGCCGCCCCCCCCCCCCUUUUGUCCCGAUGGCACUGCGCUGGUGGACUGCGCCCCAGGCUCGGUGGGUGCGAAGCCGCGAGGAAACGUCCAGCAGCCGGCGGAAAAGGAAGUUCCCGGCCCCCGGCACACGGCAGCAGCGCUGGCACCGGUUAGCAGCCGCGUAUGCGGAACGGAUGAAUCCCCGCAGUGGUCGCCCGCGGAUGAAUUUGGGGGUAAUCGUAGCCUACUAGUAGUAAUUAUUAUUAUUAUUAUAUUAUUAUUAUUCUUUGUUUUUUUUUUGGAGAUUCCUCACUCAGUAUGAGCGUGCGAAUGUUAGGAGGAGGGUCCUUAGGAGAGGGAUUGUGUGUGUGUGUGUGUUCGUUUUCCUUUGCUUUCGUUCUUACAAAGCGCCCAUUAUCGAUCACUGUUCUGAAAAGGGAA